AUGCUUGAUUUAAUGAAUCAAUCACAAUCAAUUUGCACUUCUUUUGACAAACAAUCCGAGAAAGAAAAAAGUGAGUCUCGACAUCACUUGAGUGCUUCAAUCAGUGUGGCAAGAUUUCUUUUGAGACUAGGUUUGCCAUUUCGUGGGCAUGAUGAGAGUCAAUCUUCUACAAAUAGAGGUAUUUUUCUUGAGCUUUUGCGAUGGUAUGGAGAUAUUGAUCGAGAUGUUGGAAGCAUUAUAUUAGAAAAUACUCCAACAAAUGAAAUGAUGUGUUUUCCAAAUAUUCAAAAAGAUAUUGUUGAUGCUUGUGCUAAAGAAACAAUUAAAGCUAUCAUUGAAGACCUGGAUGGGGAUUUUUUCGGUAUACUAGUUGAUGAAUCAAAAGAUAUAUCACACGAGGAGCAAAUGACACUUGUUUUGAGAUAUGUUAACAAAGAAGGCAAAUUCAUAGAGAGAUUUGUUGGUAUUGUUCAUGUUAGUAAUAAAUCGGCUAUGUCAUUGAAAAAGGCAAUCUACUCUUUUCUUUCUAAUCACUCAUUAAGUCCAACGCAAAUACGUGGGCAAGGUUAUGAUGGGGCUAGUAACAUGCAGGGAGAGCUAAAUGGUGUUAAGACUUUGAUUUUGAAUGACUGUCCAUCAUCAUAUUGGAUUCACUGUUUCGCUCACCAACUGCAAUUAUGUGACGACCUGGCCGUUACUAAUAUCUUAAAUAUUGUUGGAGCAUCUUUUAAGCACAGGGAUUUGCUUCGAGGACAUCAAGCUAAAAAGUUAGAGGAGUUUCUCAAAUCAGGUGAACUGCAUACUAGACGAGGAUUAAAUCAAGAGUGUGGGCUUCAACGACCAGAUGAUACUCGUUAG